AUGUCAAAAAUAAAGGAUGCGGAAGGGCUUCAGAUGGAACCGCGUGCAGAGGCAACAAGUUCUGCCCAUCAAACGCUAUCCGAAAACCAGAUAGAUAUCUUAACACAACAGAUUGAUGUUCCGAAAGUCACAGUUAGCUAUUUUCAGAUUUAUAAAUAUGCCGGUAAAUGGGACAUUGUGAUUUUUGUCAUGAGCGCAAUAUGUGCUAUGCUGGGAGGUGCAGCACUGCCAUUGUUCACUGUUUUCUUCGGGCAAGUAACAUCGUCUCUCAAAGAGGUGGCAAUUGGCAGUAUCACCUACGACCAUUUCUAUCAUGAACUCACCAAGAACGUUCUCUAUUUCACUUACCUAGGCAUCGCCGAAUUCAUCCUAAGUUUCUUUUCAACGCUUGGCCUUGUCUACACAGGAAAUACUAUCACUCAGAAGAUCCGAGUGCGGUAUUUUCAAGCCAUUUUACAACAAAACAUUGCAUUUUUCGAUGUUCUGGGGACCGGCGAAAUUACGACGCGAAUCACUGGCGACAUGCAUCUUAUUCAGGACGGUAUCUCCGAGAAAUUAAGCCUGGUUCUUUCGGGAGUCUCAAGUUUCGUCACUGCGUUUAUCAUCGCCUAUAUCAAAUAUUGGAAGUUGGCCCUGGUCUCUACCUCCACUCUGGUUGCCCUCCUUAUCAUUAUGGGUAGUGGCUCUGUAGUUUCUGUGAUUUAUGGCAAGAGAUCAAUCGAGAGAUACGGACAUGGAGGGAAUUUAGCAGACAACGCGUUUGAAUCAAUAAGGACAGUGGUAGCAUUUGGAGCUCAAGAAUCUCUCGCAGAGAAAUACGACGGUUACAUGAGAGAGGGAGAGCGCUUUGGCAGGGUUCUUCAAAUCUCAUUCGCGCUCGUCAUUGGAGCUCUACUGGGCAUAAUGUACCUUAACUAUGGGCUUGGAUUCUGGAUGGGGUCCCGUUUUCUUGUCGAACAGAAUUCGGAUCUUGCUCCCGGAGACAUCCUGACCAUUAUGAUGGCCAUCAUUCUCGGCUCUUAUAGUCUCGGAAACGUUGCACCCAAUUUGCAAGCAUUCUCAGAUGCUGUUGCUGCUGCAUCCAAAAUAUUCAGUGUCAUUGAUAGGGUUUCCCCUCUGAAUCCCUGGUCAGCUGAGGGCACAGCGGUACGUACGCUCAACGGUGAAAUUCAAUUUCAUGACAUCAAACAUGUCUACCCUUCAAGACAGGAAGUGCUCGUUUUAGAUUCGUUCAACAUACACAUCCCGGCCGGGAAAACGACCGCCUUUGUUGGUCCAUCUGGAUCCGGAAAAAGCACGAUUAUUGGCCUUAUAGAACGAUUUUAUACCCCAAUUGAGGGAGAGAUCACUAUCGACGGACAUGAUAUUCGCACACUCAAUCUACACUCACUACGGCGGCAAAUAUCUCUUGUUUCACAAGAGCCACAGCUAUUUUCGGCCACGAUUUUCGAAAAUAUUAGAUAUGGACUUACCGGAUCUGAGUUUGAAAGUGAGCCUAAAAAUAAGAUUCAGCAAAGAGUCGUCUAUGCGGCUCAGCUAGCCAAUGCCCACGAUUUUAUCAUGGCUCUGCCGGAUGGGUAUGAAACACAUAUCGGCUCUCUCUCACUUUCAGGGGGUCAAAAACAACGCAUUUCAAUUGCACGCGCAGUUGUAAAGGAGCCAAAAAUCCUACUUCUCGACGAGGCCACAUCUGCACUAGAUACCAAGUCCGAGGCUCAUGUUCAGUUAGCUUUGGAAAAGGCGGCUGAGGGACGUACAACUAUUAUAAUAGCCCACCGCCUAUCUACUAUCAAAAACGCUCACAACAUUGUUGUUCUUGUUGAUGGAAAAAUUGCAGAACAAGGCACACACAAGGAUCUCAUCGAUCAUGGUGGAGCUUACUUCAAUCUUGUACAAGCUCAGAGCCUCAAUGAGGACAAAACUGAAAAGGAUGAGUUAGGAAUAGAUGAAGACGGCUUGGAUUUUUUCUCAAUUUCGGAUGGCGACACUCACAAUCACGGGCCUUUCGAUAGCGAUAUUCAACUACAUAAAAGCGCAUUAAACGAGCGAUCUACUACCAGAUUCAGACCCGAAUCAAAACUCCUUUCCGGGGCUACUUAUCCUUCUGUGUACUCUCUUGUGAAGUUCAUUGCGGGAUUUAACCGCCCUGAAAGGCAAAUCAUGGCAAUUGGCCUUAUCUUGUCAAUCUGCGCUGGCGCAGUUCAGCCCUCCCAGGCCGUCUUAAUGGCAAAGGCAGUUAGCACGAUCACGCUCCCAGCUAGCGAGUUCCAGAAACUUCGCCAUGACACGAACUUUUGGUGUCUCAUGUUUCUCAUGAUGGGAUUAGCCACAUUCCUUCUAUAUGCACUCCAAGGAAUCCUAUUUGCCAUUAGCUCGGAGAAGCUCAUUCGUCGCGCUAGAACCACGACAUUUCGAGUCCUUCUCAAUCAAGAUAUUUCCUUUUAUGACGAAGAAGAGCACGCAACUGGCGCUUUAACAUCCAUUCUUGCUACAGAUACCAAAAGUCUGUCUGGAAUUAGUGGCGCAACAUUGGGGACUUUAUUGGUUAUGAUCGUUAAUUUGCUUGGUGCACUUAUUGUCGCUCUCAUUCUAGGAUGGAAACUUGCCUUGGUUUGUAUCUCAGCAGUCCCCGUUCUCAUUCUUAGCGGGUUCCUGCGCAUCUGGGUCCUCAAUAAGCUCCAGUCAAAAUCAAAGAAAGUUUAUCAAAGCUCAGCUAAUUUCGCCAGCGAGGCUGCAUCGGCGAUUCGUACGGUUGCUUCUUUCACAAUGGAGUCGGCAAUGCUGAAGUCAUACUCGACCCGGUUAGAGCAGCAAACUAAGGACAAUAUCCCAUCUAUUGUUAAGUCGUCUUUCCUAUAUGCCAGUUCAGAGGCAGUCCAGUUCUUUUGCAUGGCAUUGGGAUUUUGGUACGGUGGUACAUUAGUCGGCCAUCAUGAAUACACUAUUUUCAAAUUUUAUGUCUGUUUCAGCGAGGUCAUCUUCGGUGCUCAGGCAGCUGGACGGAUCUUUUCAUAUGCACCGGGUAUCAGCAAAGCAAAGAACGCGGCCGAAGAAUUGAAGUCUCUCUACGACAGAAAGCCAAGAAUUGGUUCUCAAAAUAAUGGGGAUACUCUCCCAAGAGUCGAGGGGCGCAUCGAAUUCCAGAAUGUGCACUUCAGAUAUCCCAGUCGAAUCGAACAUCUUGUUUUACAAGGGUUGAACCUUACUAUUCUACCGGGACAAUAUGUAGCCUUGGUAGGCGCUAGUGGGUGUGGAAAGAGCACCUGCAUUGCCCUUUUAGAACGCUUCUAUGACAGUCGUCUUGGGGAAAUUCGUGUCGAUGGUAGGGACAUUACUCAACUCGAUGUCAGGUCCUAUAGAAAGCAACUUGCGUUUGUCGGGCAGGAAGCUGCACUUUUUGAAGGCACUAUUCGCGAAAAUAUCCUUUUGGGGUGCAAUCCAAUGGAAGUUUCUGAAGACUCCCUGAUUGCAGCUUGUCAAGACGCCAACAUAUACAAUUUCAUCAUAUCUCUUCCGCAGGGUUUUGAUACAGAAGUUGGAAAUAAGGGUAGGAUGCUAUCUGGGGGACAAAAACAACGUAUUGCCAUUGCUCGUGCUCUCAUGAGAGAUCCAAGAAUCUUGCUGCUCGACGAAGCAACAUCUGCACUUGACUCCGAGUCAGAGAAGCUGGUACAAGCAGCUUUGGAUACUGCAGCACGAGGGAGAACGACCAUUGCUGUUGCUCAUCGCCUAAGUACUAUACAGCGGGCAGACAUUAUCUACGUGUUGGACAACGGGAGAGUAGCUGAAUCUGGGUCUCAUGCGGAGCUUCUCCGGAAAAAGGGCCGCUAUUUUGAAUUGGUGAAUCUGCAGAAUUUGGGAUGAGUGCAUGUGGUUUUGGAUGAUUUGGUUUUGUCACAACCAUCUUCUCGUAUUUUUGAGCGAGUGCUGUCCCCAUUGGCUGCUCGACGACAUGUCAAAUUGAGCUAAAAUUGGAUUUCCUCACAAACAGGGAAAACAAUUUUCAAUGUCAAGAUCGUUUCGUGACGUUCAAUACGUGAGCCGAUCUUCUCUUCGCUGAUUGUUCAGAAAACAGAUCUUAGAGGCAUCAAGAGCUCCAUACACGUGCAGGGAAGCAGUGUGUCUUCAUUACUGUGCAAGUUUGCUAUCCAAGUAAGAAGGGCCUAUAUAAUUGACCAAGCGUCAAUCCUACUUUGCAUUUCAAUGUCAAUGUACGACGAACACUAUCUUUC